AUGUACUUACUACAGGUUUUGCAGCCUCCGAAGGCGAUUUUCGCUAAGUUGGGGAGGAUCUGUAAUGCUUUCUUGUGGAAUAAGUGGAGGGAGGCCAGAGGUAUUCAUUGGGUGGCAUGGGAGAAGCUAUGUUACCCGGUGGAGGAGGAAGGAAUAGGCCUAAGGUCCUUCAAAGAUAUGUGCUCAGUUUUUGCUUGUAAGUUAUGGUGGAGGUUGCAGCAACGGGAGUCUAUUUGGGCACAAUUCAUGCAUGCUAAGUAUAUACGGGGCAGGCAUCCCUCUUUAGUGCAAGUACCGAGGCCCCCUUGGUCUUGGCGGGUAGAGCAGGUGCAGGAGAGAGCCGAGCAACAGAUUCACUGGUGCAUUGGGAAAGGGUUUAUUGAUUUCUGGUACGAUCGGUGGCUCGUGGACUCACCGCUGGCAGACGUUGUUUUUAUGGUCGACUCCCCUCAUAUGUUGGUGGCGGAGUACUUUGGCGAUGACGGUUGGAAACUAGAUAGGUUGAGGGAAUGGGUCCCUGAUUGGGUGAUCGCGCUAUUUCACGAGGCCCACAUCUAUCCGGAGCAGGAGGACCGCAUGGUUUGGUUGGGGACGUCAACAGGCGAGUUUUCACUUAAAGGGGCAUGGAACUCGAUACACCGACGCCGGGAUUCAUCACACGUCGAUCGAGUGCGAGUCGGAAUCCCGAUCGUAUCUCGUUGCCUCUACUAUGGGCGGCAUGAAGAGUCGUGGAGGCACUUGUUCAUCACGGGCACGAUUGCAGUCCAGCCCGGGGGGAAGGUGCGACACAUCCAGACAGUGGCCCCGCUGAUUGUGCUAUGGUGUCUAUGGAAAGCUAGAAAUAAUGCGAGGUUUGAGGGCAUGCGCUUCAACGCCUCCGGUGUGAUUAAGAUGGUGGACCAAAUGAUUGGGCAAUUGGGCACAACGGGUGUUCUCUCGGCCACACACUUUAGGGGCGACGCAGAGGACCCAUUGGCGCAGCUGGCAGCCCGGCCCAAUCGUCAACAGUAUUGUGUUGCAGUGUCGUGGAAACGCCCACCCCCUCUUUUCUUCAAAUUGAAUACGGAUGCCAGUGUAUCCCAAGGGCGGGCGGCGGGGGAUGGCAUCCUUAGAGAUUCAAGUGGGCGGGUUGUGUUUGCAUUCUACAAGGAGUUUGGUGACACGGAGGUCCUCACCGCAGAGAGCUUGGCAUUACUACAGGGUCUUCAGCUUUGCCAGGAACAGCAUGUUCAAGGUCUCCUGGUGCACUACUACAAAAAUGUCGUUUUAUGA